AUAGGGGCAAUCAGUAUGGUGUUGCUUGAGCCUUGUGUACAUCCAAGUCUGUUUUCAUCCAUCCUGAUUCAGCUCAGAAAGAACGGUCUCUUCCAAUUCCAACCUUUUUACUCGCUUUUGUCACCCAUCUCAAAACCUCGAUAUGCGUGUCCCUUCUUCAAAAUCUCGCUGCGAAGGUGUCGAUAUUGCGAACUUGCCAAAAGGGUUGGCCUCGCCAGUGUUUAUGGGCGAUAUAUGAGAGGCAAACCGAAGCCGCAGAGAGAGGGUAAGUUCGAAUGUUUCGAGUUGACUGUAGGACGCGCCUACCCGUUCCUUGUCGGGAUUGCAAACAAACCUGCCAACACCAACAUCUCCGUCCCACAUAUGUCACGCCUCUUCUACUCGCUUGUCCUAAGCAAUUCACCUAAACAACAUCUCCAACAUGCAACCAUCGUCCCCACCCGACCCCGAGAACCCAAAUACCUCACAAAAGCCUCGCUCACACCGCCGUCCCACAACCCUUACAGUUCUCUACCCUUCGUUAGAAGCUCAAGAAGCAGUUCGAAUCAAAAGACUGCUCCGUGCAGAAGAACAACGCGCUCAAGAACAGCAGAGACAACACCGGCGACAACGGCUACAGCGCUAGAAUUACGAACGGCGCCAUCGAUUUCCAUUCAGACGAAUGAGAUACCGUUGUCCCGAAUACAACAACAAACAUGCUGGAGAUGCGGUAGAGGGAUUGAGACUGAAGGCCACAAGGACAUUGAGGAUAACGAAGGUAGUGCGAGCAUAGAGGGCAAUGGAGACAACAAGGACACAAAGGAAAAUGAUGAUGAUGACGAUGAAAAGGAUGACGGCGGGAAUAAUCAAUCGGAAAAGGGCAGCUGA